UUCGUUUUCGCGACAGUUCAGGAAGCAUCUACAAACAGCUACAGAAAAGAGAAAGUUGGUGCUAUCUCCUGUAUAGGAGUACAGCAAAACAGCACCAUGUUGCCGACCACUUCCAGCAACGGCGGCCUCGGUACCAGGGAUGCCGCGCGUCACACGGCAGGUGCCAAGCGCUACAAGUACCUGCGACGGCUGCUCCACUUCAGACAGAUGGACUUUGAAUUUGCUUUGUGGCAGAUGCUUUACUUAUUUACGUCACCACAGAGAGUCUACCGCAACUUCCACUACAGGAAACAAACCAAGGACCAAUGGGCGAGAGACGACCCUGCCUUUCUGGUCUUGCUCAGCAUCGUGCUAUGUGUGUCAACAAUAGGCUUUGGUCUGGUGCUGGAUAUGGGAGCUGUUGAAACCCUAACGCUGCUGCUGUGGGUGGUCUUUGUUGACUGUAUAGGAGUUGGUCUUCUCAUAUCAACUCUUAUGUGGGUUAUCACCAACAAGUACCUGCUAAAACAUCCCAGCAGAGAGUACGAUGUGGAGUGGGGCUACGCGUUUGAUGUUCACCUCAAUGCCUUCUACCCGCUUCUCGUCAUCCUGCAUUUCUUGCAGCUCUUCUUCAUCAACCAUAUUGUGGUCAUAAACUCCGACUGGUUCGUGGGAUACUUUUUUGGGAACACACUGUGGCUGGUGGCCAUUGGUUAUUAUCUCUACAUCACAUUCUUAGGGUACAACGCUCUACCCUUCCUGAAGAACACAGUGUUGCUGCUCUACCCCUUCGCUCUGCUCGGCCUCAUCUACAUCCUCUCCGUCUCUCUGGGCUGGAAUUUCACAAAGGGUCUCUGCUGGUUUUACAAGCACAGAGUCCAGUAGGACCAGUUCCUCUCUGAAAUUGGACACUACUUGGCUCCAGGCCGACUCAGAAUCUGUUUUCAGCUCACAUCUAGGUGACAACGAAUCCAUUUCCAGCUUCCGUCAGUCAGCAUCUGGUUGGGAAGGACUCUGGCUGCCUCUCAGUAAACCGGGACACUGGGCUGUUUGAUGCUGAGCUGCUUGACUGUUGUUUGACUCUCAAUUGACUCUGUUGAUUUUCCGUUUGGCUCUUAUUUUGAGCUCUGAAGUCAGGGAACAGGGAUGUGUUUGGACUAGUUGCAGAAACAGUUGGACGGAUGAUAUACAGCUUUUAUUGUUGUUCUUUUUGUAUGAUUUGUAAAUAUUGUUCUGGCAGGUUGUAAUAUAUACACAGAUGAUUGUUUCUGAAGAGGAAAAAAAUUUGCUUUGUUUCUUUGAGUUUUCUUAUAAAAAAAAGAGACUGAAAAAACCCUGCUUAUUGAAGAGAAAAAGGAAAGUGGAGGAACAUGUGACGGAAACUUUUUUUCCUUUUCUUUUUUUCUUAAAGUGUACAUUCCAAAGCACUUUCAAUAAAAGGUUUUAUUAACUCA